AGAUACGCUUGUGGGCAAGAUCUCAAAAUUGUCUUCUCAGGCUGACAUUGUUGUCAAAGUGGAGGAUGUCUGAGAUACGCCAGACCUCCUAGCAGAGUAGGAUUCCAGCCAGAAAACUCUAGAGGCAACAUUCAGAAUCAAUUAUGGCGCAGGCUCAAGGGCUGGGGAAGAGAUACAUUAAAGCCUUUUUUAAAGGUUUCUUUGUUGCUGUUCCCAUAACGGUGACUUUCCUGGAUAGAGUUGCCUGCGUAGCAAGGGUGGAAGGAGCCUCAAUGCAGCCUUCUUUGAAUCCUGGGGGAAGACAAGCAUCUGAUGUAGUGCUCUUAAACCAGUGGAGCAUUCGAAAUUAUGAUGUACAACGUGGGGACAUUGUGUCAUUGGUGUCUCCUAGAAACCCUGAACAGAAGAUCAUUAAACGAGUGAUUGCUCUUGAAGGAGACAUUAUCAAAACUAUUGGAUACAAAAAGAAGUAUGUAAAAGUUCCACAUGGGCAUAUUUGGGUGGAAGGUGAUCAUCACGGACACAGCUUUGACAGCAAUGCUUUUGGCCCGGUUUCUCUUGGACUUUUACAUGCUCGAGCUACUCAUAUCCUCUGGCCUCCACAACGUUGGCAGAAGUUACAGGCAGUGCUUCCUCCAGAGCGCAAACCACUCAAGAGAGAGCAAGAGUGAUCUGAAUGUUCACACAGAAAAACACUGAAGUUUAACCAGGAAGAGCUGCAGUGGUUAUACCGUGUCCCAUAAGAGAUUUUGCCAAGUGUGCUUUCACAUUAGGUACAAUGUCAACAAAUACAUGUGACAUCUUCAUGUUAAAAUGACACUGUAAGUGUAAUUUUUGGGGGGAUUUUGG